AGUGAGGCUGGAAGCUCUGCUCAGAAACUUCAGCUCAGAGGAGUUCAGKGAGUUCUGCUCGUCUCUUCUGUUUAAUUUUGUCGGUGGACCGGGCUCACCUCUCCACAUCAGCUCGGGUCUGUCGGCUCUGAGACAAACCCUCCUGGAGCUGCUGGUCCAUCUGGACUCUGUGCUCCUCUGUGAAAACCCUCUUCUGGUUCCUCUCUACCAGAUCGCCUUCCAGCCUGAGAACGUYGCAAAUUCGUACCUCCCAACGAUGCCAGAUGAUCACUCGAGUGAAGCCCGACAGUGGCUGAGCAGAGAGGGGAACCUCAGAGAGUACACUUGUGCCAACGGGCAUGUUUGCUUUGUGGGAGAGUGUGGAAAACCGAUGAUGAGGUCGAAAUGUGCCGAAUGUGGCGUUCCGGUUGGUGGAGAAAGACACGUCCCAGUGCAGGGUUUCACUCUGCAGACACAUCACAGGGAUCARACUCGGACAGGCCACGUUCUUGGUGAGGCUUAUCGCAGGUCUGAAGCUCCCGAGAGGCAGAUGACUUCUGCUCAGUUCGGCGUCCUUCGGCUGCUGACCCACCUGGCCAUGCUUCAGGGAGCCGUCAGAAACCAGAGAGGAGUCGGAGACAUGAUCCACCCGAGGACAUCUGAUGUCUUCGACUUCCUGUGGAACCACUUGGAAAAGGACCUGAAGGGGCUGGGGAAGAGUCUGGGUCAGAACCUGGACAACACGGCAGUCACCAUUCAUUUGAUUCUGACAAGAUUCCCAACAGGUUCCCGCGGUGUGAGACCGGAUCUGUCCUCCAGACAGGGACGGCAGCAGUGGGAGAUGCUUGUCUGCAGUUCUGCCAUCAACCCAGUCCUUCAGGAUUUGCAGAAGAAUCUGUCUGAAGCUCAGGACAGGAUCUCCUCAGAUGAUGGUCUCGCUGGAAGCCCCCUGCUGACGCUCCUCUUCGGUGAUCCAGGGACCAUGUUAUCUUUGCCCUCAAACUGCCCGACGCAUCGCUCAUCCUUCUGGUCUCUGCGGGAGGUGGUGACAGUGGARCGCAUCUCUCAGCUGGUGGAGGAGACACCGGGACGUAGCUCUGUAGUUCUGCUCCGCUUGUUCUGUAAGAAGAUCAACGUUGUGCGACAGCUUCAUCACCUGCCUGAGCUGGCCGCUCUGCAGUCGGACCUGCUGAGGGCAUUUCCCCUGACGUCAGGCUCCGCUCCUCAGACCGUGGACCAGAUGUUAAAGCAAAUACCUGCAGGGUACCAGAGGAAGAUGCUGUCUGAGCGAGUGGUCCGAUUCAUCCAGGUGUGGAACUGCCUUCGAUCUGAGGUGGCAAACAGCUCGGCACUUCUAGGAGUUGACGUGAAGCUUUGUGAGACGGAGGUGACGACCGAGAGCUCGGGGGAGUAUCUGACGCCAAGUCGACGCGGUCCCGGUUCGUGUCUCCRGACUCUGGUCAACUUCCUGUCGGAGACUCACAACAGCCUGGUGAAGGAGGCCCGGAUGGUGAACGUCCACGAGGACAGUGAUUACAGUGUUUCUUUAGAGAARAUCUCAGAGACCCAGCUGACCCUGUGCCACCCUGAGCGAGAACUGCUGCCGCUCGUUUUAGCGAACCGUAACUACACUCUGCAGAAAGGCGGGGAGACGGACAGCAGCUACGACCUGCCGGCCAUUCAAACCCAGCUGGCCCGACGCUUCCUAGCUGGAAAACCACUGAUCAAGGCGGACACGUCCAGGUACCUGAACCGACACCUGCAGGACUUCUCUUUGGUUCUGACUGAAGUGAGAGGGAAGAUACACCAGGAGGCGCUGAAGGGYUCGGUGAGCGGCGCCACCAGAGCGGCGCUGCGCUCGUACACGGACGUGUGUGACGCCGUGUUUGUGGUCGAGAUCGGCCUCCGCUUCCUGGCGAAGACGGGCGGAGAUCCUGAGGGUCAACUUUUGUCUUUUCUCACUGAGGCGCUGCAGAUGGGCCCGCAGAUCUCAGGCGCUGUGGCCAAGGGUCUGAGUGAAAUCAAACUGCAGCACAGCAUCGUCGCCUGGCAGCUCCUGAACUGCUGGAAAUCAGAACUUAUGCUGAACAGGAAGCAAGACCCGUUUCAGAAGCUGCACUCAGAUUUUCAGCAGAAGCUGACGAUGGAAGAGAGGAGAGGUCUGAAGGCUUUCCUCGCCGUCACAGAUGUUGAGACUUUUGCUUUGGAGCUGCAUGAAAUCCUGCUGCUGAAGACGAGCRACUCUCUUCCUGACCAGAGCUACCAGCCACACUGGGACAUCAGAUCCACCUUAGAGGUCCAUUUAGAGCAGAAAGACCUUCCUCCUCUGCUUGCGCUUGAAGAUUUGCCAGAAGAGAUCAUUCUGGGGAAAGGGGCUGACGUGUGGAGAGCAGCUGUGGAGUUCAAAAGAAAAUAGAAUAUGUUGAUUUAAAGUUAUUUAAAAAAUAUGAGUCAAUGUUCCUUUAUUUGUUGUGUAAAUAUUGCAAAUUAUAAUUUGAAUAGUUUUUUAUUAUUAUUUCAUCUUAAAUAAAGUUGGAAAUGUUCAGUCAGUA